GUAUAUAGAGAAGGCAGACUCUGACAGAGCAGAUCCUGUGAGAGCGUGAGGGACAGAGAAAAGUGAGGCUGACCUUUCAGACCUGUGAAUUACUUCCAAGCAACGCGCCAGUUUUCUGUCGGAUUACAGGACAAGUAUUUCUCUGUCUCAUCUUGAGAUAGAUCAUGAAGCUCCUCCUGUUGGCGCUGCUGCUCCUGGUGGUGGAAGAAGGUUCUGCAGGUAGAACCUCCUCCAGAAGAAGCAAGAGGGAGCUUGCCAGCCCGCUGCACGCCGGCGGCAUCAGGGACCCAUAUGGGUCCUACUGCCAGAGGAGAGGAGGCUGCUGCCCCGGCAGAGACGACCUGUGCACGGUGCCCUACCUGGACACCAUCUGCUACUGUGACUUGUUCUGCAACCGCACGGUUUCUGACUGCUGCCCUGACUUCUGGGGGCAUUGCCUGGGCAUCCAGCCACCGUUCAUUGGCGUCUGUGAGAGAAACGGGCACAAGUUCCUAACAGGCCAAACGUACAAAGAGAGCUGCAACUUAUGCACAUGCGGCUCCUUGGGACGCUGGGAGUGUGAGCAGAAUGCUUGUCUGAUAGAGCCCAACAUUAUCCAAGCUGUCAACAGAGGGAAUUAUGGGUGGAAAGCUGCUAAUUACAGUCAGUUCUACGGCAUGACUCUGGAUGAAGGCAUCCGGUACCGCCUGGGCACGCAGAGACCCUCCAGAACCAUCAUGAACAUGAAUGAGAUUCAGAUGAACAUGGAUCCUGAGAAGGACCGUCUGCCACGCUACUUCAACUCCGUAGAGAAGUGGCCAGGCAAGAUUCACGAACCCCUUGAUCAGGGCAACUGUGCUGCAUCCUGGGCUUUCUCAACUGCAGCUGUCGCAUCAGACAGAAUCUCCAUCCAGUCCAUGGGUCACAUGACCCCUCAGCUGUCCCCCCAAAAUCUCAUCUCCUGUGACACGCGCAACCAGGGAGGUUGUGCUGGAGGUCGCGUUGAUGGAGCGUGGUGGUACCUCCGGCGGCGCGGAGUGGUGACAGAGGACUGCUACCCGUACCGACUCCCGCAGCAAACACCAGUAGAAGUCGCCCGCUGCAUGAUGCAGAGUCGAUCCGUUGGCCGGGGCAAGAGACAGGCCACACAGCGCUGCCCCAACACACACAACUACCACAACGACAUCUACCAGUCCACACCACCUUACAGGCUCUCGUCCGAUCAAAAGGAGAUUAUGAAGGAGAUCAUGGAUAAUGGCCCUGUGCAAGCUAUUAUGGAGGUCCACGAGGACUUCUUUGUCUACAAGAGUGGGAUCUACAAACACACUGACGUCAGCUUCACCAAACCGCCUCAAUACCGCAAACAUGGCACACACUCAGUCAGGAUCGUUGGGUGGGGUGAAGACAGAGACGUUAACGGGACACCAAGAAAAUACUGGAUUGCUGCCAACUCCUGGGGAAAGAACUGGGGAGAAGAAGGCUUCUUCCGCAUCGCUCGUGGGGAGAACGAGUGCGAGAUCGAGGCGUUUGUGAUUGGCGCCUGGGGCAGAAUCACCAUGGAGGACAUGCAGAAUCACCAUCACCACCAUCGCCGCAGGCACACUUAAAGACUGCAGACGUGACCUUCGCUGUCGCAUCGUCGUCAGUUUGGCUUUUUUUUUUUUUUUUUUUAACACACAACUGAACCACAAUAAGUCUCAUUACUUCGCUUUAUCCAACAACUUGGCUGGGAUGGCCCAGCCAAAAGAGAACACUCUCCUCUCUUUCCCUUUAAGGAAAGACUACGAAAAACCAAGCUAAAAUUCUUCCAUUUCAAAUGUUUCAAUCAGACACCUCAGGUACCCGACACUCCAAAGACCCCACAUCCCAGAAUCCUCCGCCUGAUCAAAGACGGAGCGAGAUCGUGUCAAAGAUGGGUGGUGACAGAAGGAGAAGCUCGAUCUGACCCUUUCAUUCUUUAGUCUUUUCCAGCUCCAGACCUCUAACCCAGAGGGGCCCCCUUAACCUGAGGGACAUCGCCGAAAAAGUGGAAAUCUUAGAGCCGCGUUGUCAGACAUCAGUCUGUGUCCGAGGGACACGCCCCUGCUCAGCGGCGUAACCUGAUAAUACAUCACAGACGACCUUUCUGACUUCCACCUGUCAGCCGCACAAAAGCGGUGUUUUACUCGCUCUGCUGGCUCUGAGAGGAGAUGUAACGAACUUCUCACACACCGCAGUUAAAACCCCACGCCAGAAACACGAGAAGGUUUGAUGCGGACCACGCCAUCCCAACAACGGCAAGAAAGACUUUUAACGUUAUUACUAUUGGACCUUUUAAGGUUCAUUUUCAACUGCUUUUGAUCCUAUUAGCGACAUGCAUAUGCUUAGUAUUUGGCAGCAGGUGAAACCGUAUUUAUGCAAUAUAUACAAAAAAGGAAGAAAUAAUCAUUUCUGUGAGCAUUUGAGAAGCUAGAACAAAGUAAAAGGCGCCGCUGCCGCCUGCCCCCACGUUUUAACACUGAAACAGACGCCAUCAAGCCUUUGAAAAGACUGCAAUGCCUUAAAGAAAAAGAUGAGCGCUGCAAAAGAAAGUAUUUAUAGUCGUCUUAAUUUACUCUGUUUUCUGUACACUGUUGCAAUUUGAGCUGAAAAUGUUAUUUUUGUUGCAUUUAUAUUUUAAAGUUAUAUUUUAUCACGUUUUAAAGAUGUACUGUAUGUAGACGCCUUCAUAAAACACACACACACACACACACAUUACUCUGCCACUUCUCCACUUAUUUGGUUAUAAAACAGCAAAGAGGAUCAGAAAGCACAUUCUGCUGCUACGUCCAGUCUUGGCCCUGAUAUUCACCUUUGUGCAUUUUAAAUGUAAUAAACAUGAAACUCCACCAAUUUAAAUCACAAAGGCUGCAAAUGAGCUGUAUUUAUGUCUUCAAGUUGUUCAUUUCAUCCAUUUUUUGUUCCUCAACCUCCAUCCAGGUCUUUGUUACAGCAUCAAAGUGCUUUUGUACAUCAUUCUCUCUGCGGGCCGUGUUUUUGAGCCCAGCCUCGCUUGAAAAGGAAAAGCUCGACGGUUAUUACCGCGUACCUUAAAUUACAUCCUGGCCCACUUCAGCUACGACUUCAAAAGGAUUCUUCACUUCUGUGUAAAAAUGUCUUGUGAUCUUGAACCUUUUUUUCCAACAUUUCCUUCAGGCAUGAAUAAGCAGGAAGAUGAAAAAAAAAAAAAAAAGGGAAAUUUCUGGGCGGAGAAGCUGUGUGGUGCAGACGCUGGAGAUGACUGUUCUUGAGUUUUUGCUUUCGUUUACCAGCAGCAGAGGCAACGGUGGACUGAGAGCCACCCGUCAACAUGACGCACAAAAGGUUUACGGCCACUGACGAUACACACACGUAAAAAUGUGACAAUCCAAAUAAUCCAGAGAUUUUUUUAUUUUUUUUUAUUUUUUUAUAUGGCUGUGUUGCAGUCAUCACUGCCAGAACCACCAGUACCACCGGUAGCUUAGUGAGCUGCUGAAGAAGAGGCAGAAAGAUUUGACCGAAGCUGGAAAUGUUCUGUUGACCGGAGACAUCUUACUCCUUAAUUUUUUGCUUUGAACAAAAUCUGAUUCAAUGACACUGAGUAUAAAGAAAAGUAAAAAAAAGAAUUGAAAAAAUUAAAAAAAAAAAUGUAUAUAUAUAUAUAUAUAUAUAUAUAUAUAUAUAUAUAUAUAUAUAAAUUAAUUGUAUUCAGCGUCAAAUAGCAGUUGGCUGUAAUCCAAGUCUAACGAUAUUUAGAUAAAGAUUCAGAUGGGACCAAUCAAACGUUCUCUUCACAUUUUAUCUUAAACCAAAAGGUUUUCUUCAGCGACGUGACCUCUCCACCAAAAACCUCCCAGGAUCUGCAGCGGACACCUCCAGAAGUUGUGUAUUUCCUGUUAAAUGAACCACUCCAUAUCCACUCGUGUGUAGGCUUUAUUUAUGACAAUAUGUGUAAAUUAUGAACUUUAUUCUUCUUUGUUGUCCUGUGCAAAAUUGUAUUAUCUCUAUUUCUCUGUCUCUCCUACGUGCACUAAAUGCAUUACCACAUUAGUGUUCACUCAUACAAUAAAGUCUUUCCAAAACCA